CUCUAUCUCUAAUUUGACACUGUCUGCUGCAGUUUAGCAACCCACACCAGCGGGCUACAAUGUCUCUUCGGAUUUCUACCGCAUCCAGGAGAAUCUCUUCCAUUGCUGGGGGUGAUGGAGGUGUCAAAAUGUCGGGCAUAGGAGGAAGCAGCAUGCAUGGCUUUGGUGGGGGAUCUCUUGCAGGGCUAGGCAGUGGCUAUGGAGGAAGUAUGAGCGGUGGCUUUGGCGGAGCAGGCUUUGGGAGUGGAGUGAACUUUGGGAGUGGAGCAGGCUUUGGUAGUGGAGUUGGCUUUAGCAGUGGAGGAGGUGGCUUCGGUGGAGGAGCAGGCUUUGGUAGUGCUUCUAUGGCAGGUAGUAAUUAUGGAGGAGGCUAUCGCAGCAGCUCCGCUAUGGCCGUGGGCAGUGGUUUUGGAGCAAGUGACAGCAUCUUUUUGGCUGGGGCUGAAAAGGAAACCAUGCAGAACCUUAACAGCCGCCUGGCAAACUACCUGGAAAAAGUCCGUUCUUUAGAGGAAGCCAACACUGAGCUUGAGGUUAAAAUCCGUCACUGGUAUGAAAAGAACGGACCAGGGGCUCCUGGUGUUGUCCGUGACUACACCAAAUAUCAUCAGAUCAUUGAAGACCUUCGCCACAAGAUAGUCAAUACAACAAUUGACAAUGCCAAUGUAGUCUUACAGAUCGACAAUGCCAGGCUUGCUGCUGAUGACUUCCGCCUCAAAUAUGAAAAUGAACUCUUCCUCCGUCAGAGUGUUGAAUCAGACAUCAAUGGUCUGCGUAAAGUGCUGGAUGAACUGACCAUGAACCGCUCUGACCUGGAGGCCCAGCUUGAGAGCCUCACAGAGGAACUGGCAUACUUGAAGAAGAAUCAUGAGGAGGAAAUUACCUUACUGAAGAGUAGCAGCACAGGUGAUGUCACCGUGGAAAUGAAUGCUGCUCCAGGUGUGGACCUGACUAAGCUACUGAAUGACAUGAGAGCACAGUAUGAAGACCUUGCAGAACAGAAUCGUAGAGAAGCUGAAGAACAGUUCCACAAAAUGAGCCAACCUCUACAGCAGCAGAUCUAUGAUGAUACUGGGGCUGCUAAUUCAGCCAGGAACGAGUUAAUUGAACUCAAGCGCUCCCUUCAGUCAUUAGAAAUUGAACUACAGUCCCUUCUCGCUAAGAAAGCCUCUCUGGAAAGCACCUUGGCAGAAACUGAAGGCAACUACAGCAGUCAGCUUCACCAGUUACAGCUUCAAGUCAGCAGCCUGGAGGAGCAACUACAGCAAAUCCGAUCUGAAACAGAAUGCCAAAAUUCUGAGUAUCAACAAUUACUGGGCAUCAAGACCCGACUGGAAAUGGAAAUUGAAACAUACAGGCGCCUGCUAGAUGGGGAGAGUUUCCGCUCAUAUGAGACAAAAGUUCAGAUCAGAGAGCCCACCAAAACCAGAGUGGUUAAGACCAUUGUGGAAGAAAUGGUAGAUGGCAAAGUAGUCUCUUCUCAAGUGAAAUCGGUUCAAGAAAGGGCAGCUAAGUGAAUCGCAUGAAAAACAAUAAGGGAGAACUCUUCCAUCUUACCAGCACCAAGUAGAAGAAAACUUCCUGGAAGCAGAAUCAAUUGCAAUUUAAUAGCUUCUUGAAAAUAAGGAAUCUGGAGAUGGGGGAAAAAAUCCCACACACUAUGCUUUCUGCUAACUUUACAGCAAUGUAUUCUUGUCCUGGUACUAAACUCUACAUUCUCUUUCUACUGCAAUGCAAUAAACUUUGA